GCCUGCUUAAAUCAUUUUCUGCCUGUCGACAACGAGGAACAAACGGACGACUCACCUGUGCUGCGAUAUGGCUGAAGUCGAAGACACUUUAAAGAGGAUUCAAGGCUAUAAUGGUGUUAUUGGCUCAAUAGUCGUUAACGCAGAAGGCAUUCCCAUCAGAACGACCCUAGACAACUCGACGACGGUGCAGUAUGUAGGACUGCUGCAUCAGCUGACUAUGAAAGCCAGGAGUACGAUCAGAGACAUCGACCCCCAGAACGACCUGACGUUUCUGCGCAUCAGGUCCAAGAAACACGAGAUCAUGGUGGCACCAGAUAAAGAAUUCCUGAUGAUCGUCAUCCAGAGCCCAACUGAGUAGAUGGCAUACUCACUAAAUUAUAUUCUUUAAAACAUGUAACUGUGUUUGUACACUGCCCUAAACAAGUAUAACAUUUCGUCUAGUGAAUAGCUUUUAAAAUAAUCCAAAUAUUUCUUUUUAUUAAAACUUUUGAUUGUGCAUUGUGAUUGAUUGGAUGUCAAGUCGUCAAUAAAUAAGUGAUUUGUUGUCUUUAUU